AUGCCGAUUUGCAUCGAAUGCAGACAUCCUGUGAAGACGUUAUGGAGGGAGGGCGCAGGUGACAAGUCGACCGGACACAACAUCCGGUUGACGGUGUGCAAGAACUGCGGCCGCUUCUGUGACAAAUAUGUCGAGCACGACUUUGUCGUUCUGUUUAUCGAUCUGGUCUUGAUCAAGCCGCAGGUCUACAGACAUUUACUUCACAACACAUUGAUGAAAGACGAGGAUGAAUUCGCACCUUCCAUCAUCCGCCUCGGAGUCCUCCUCCUUCUCUUCGAUGUCUACCUUACAUGGGCACGCAUCGAGAAGCAAUCGGUUCCAGCUGCCAGCUGUGUAGAUGACAGCGGAAACGUCAGCAACUUUGGUCGUCUGGCGCAACAACCCAUUGUGCUACAGUAUAUGUUCUUCCUCCUCCUCUGCACCCUCUCCACCCUCGCCUUCCACGGUUCCAUCCGCUUCCUCACCUCUAGCCGUUACUCUCCUCUCCACCUCCUCGGCAUUCUCCCGCAGUUCAGUCGGCCCAACUCUGUCUCAACCGCCCUUCUCGUCUCGUCUUCUACCAAGUUGUUCCCCCAUCCUUAUGGUGAUAUGGGAAUACGAUGUCCCCGCCGCGGCGCGUUCGCUGGGCUGGGCGGUGGUGGCCAACAAUGUCGAGGCGCUCAAGAUCCUGCUGGACUGUAA